AUGUCGGGCUUCAUGUCCAAUUUCCUCCCUGGAGGAGCAAAGGAUGCUUCUGCCAGGCCCGAGACGCCCACCAGAAACAGCUUCAUCAACCCCGCCAGCACGCCUCAAGGGAGCCCAAGCAAACGGACUGUCCCUCCUGGCGCCAACGAGCUUCCCGAUGCAUUCGACAGCGCACUCAAGUUGAACACCCCCGUCCUCGAAAGACCCAGGCUUGAGCGCCCGCUGAGCGUCAUCAAUACCCCGCAGUCACCAGGAAAGGGCAACUUGAGUGAGGCGAGCCCCAAUGUCGAAGAUAGCGUGCUGCACAAGGGCGUCGCAUCUACGGGCAGCCCUUUGAAGAAGUCAAACGGCCAGGAAAACACUCCUCCGAUCACGCGUCUGGGAGGCACCGAUUCACCGUACCAGCAAAGUCACGCUGCCAUCUCUCGGCACGAGCUAUACCAAACCAAGGAGAAGCCAUUGACGCCCAGAAACAAGUUCAACACCCAAAAACCGCUUACUCCCGAGGAGCUCGAGAUCCUGCAACGCCCAAACGUUCGCAGAUUGGUCAAUGUCACCCAGCUCUACUUCCUCGACUACUACUUCGACUUGUUGACCUACGUUGGCUCCAGACAGAACCGAUUGGUGGCAUUCAACUCCGAGAUUCCUCCCCCGCCCGAAACCGAUGAGGCAGCAUACAAGCAGAUGUGGUCCAAGUACGCGGGCCGAGAGCGCGCCAAUCUGCGAAAGAGGCGUGUCAGGCUUCGCCAGGGUGAUUUCCAGAUCCUUACCCAGGUAGGCCAGGGAGGCUACGGCCAGGUGUUCUUAGCUCAGAAGAAGGAUACUCGUGAAGUGUGCGCUUUGAAAGUGAUGAGCAAGAAGUUGCUGUUCAAGUUGGAUGAGGUUCGUCAUGUCUUGACGGAGCGUGACAUUCUCACCACCGCCAAGAGUGAAUGGCUUGUUCGACUGCUUUACUCUUUCCAAGAUGAUAGGAGCAUUUAUCUUGCCAUGGAGUACGUGCCUGGUGGCGAUUUCCGCACUCUGCUCAACAACACUGGAGUCUUGAGCAAUCGCCAUGCCCGCUUCUACAUCGCAGAGAUGUUCUGCUCUGUUGAUGCCCUCCAUCAGCUCGGCUACAUCCACAGAGAUCUGAAGCCUGAGAACUUCCUCGUCGACUCUACAGGUCACGUCAAGCUCACCGACUUCGGCCUGGCUGCCGGCUUCCUUGCUCCUGCGAAGAUCGAGUCCAUGCGAAUCCGCCUUGAGAAGGCUUCCGAGACCUCAGUGCCAUUUGGCAAGCCAAUGGAUCAGCGAAGUGUCGCCGAGCGACGAGAGGGAUACCAAACGAUGCGCGCAAAGGACACCAACUACGCCAAGUCCAUUGUGGGCUCGCCUGACUACAUGGCGCCUGAAGUGCUCCGAGGUGACGAGUACGAUUACACUGUGGACUACUGGAGUUUGGGAUGUAUGCUUUUCGAGGCCUUGACCGGUUUCCCACCCUUCGCCGGAUCUACUCCUGAUGAGACUUGGAGAAACUUGAAGCAUUGGAGGGAGGUGCUCAAGCGACCUGUUUGGGAGGAUCCCAAUUAUUUCCUCAGCAACCGCACAUGGAACUUUAUCACGACUUGCAUCAACUCUCGGUCCAAGCGAUUCUCCAACAUCAAGGAAAUCUUUACUCACCAAUACUUCGCCGAGGUUGACUGGGAGCAGCUGCGAACGACUAAGGCGCCUUUCGUACCCGAGCUGGACUCCGAGACUGAUGCUGGUUACUUCGAUGAUUUCACCAACGAGGCCGAUAUGGCCAAGUACAAGGAGGUGCAUGAUAAGCAGCAGGCGUUGGAGAGCAUGGCGGACCGUGAUGACGAAAUGGGCAAGAGCCUCUUUGUCGGCUUCACCUUCCGACACCGCAAGACCACGGAGGAGGGAAGUCCGCGCAAGCCUCUUCCGUUCAACAACAACAACGACGAUGCCUUCGGCACAAUGCUGUAG